AUGAUCCAGGACUACACGGACACUGCGGCGCAGCUCGAGCCGCACUUUGGCUACGCCGACCGCAUCCUGCCCUGCAAGAGCGACAGCGGGUCGUGCGCCUACCUCGACGUCAUCUACGGAUCGCACGACCGCGGCAUCUUCUACACGGGCAUAUUGUGGGGGACCAUCGUUGGCAUCCUGGCAGCAUGGGGCCUGGGCCGGCGCAUUGUCAGUUUCCGCCGGCGGACUCGGCCAGGCGCUGACGGCGGCCGCAACAACGACGGGCCCGACCCCGAGCAGCAGCAGCAGAGGCAGCGACGGGGUGCCGGUCAGGGGGAGAGAAUGCGCCGCGCCAUCGCCGCCACCUCGCGCCGCUACCUCCUCCCCAACACCCCGCUGCGCGCCGUGUUCGGCCACACGACGCGGCUGCAGGUCAUUAUGCUGGGCGUGCUGGCGGGAUACCUCGCCGUGUGGUCGUUCGCGGGCAUGGUGGCUUUUGGGACGUGGCGGACGCCGGUAAAGGGGCAACAGCAGGCCGGCGGCGACGGGGUAAUCAUCACCAACACACGGACUAGCCUGGGGCCGUGGGCGAACCGCGUGGGCGUGCUCGCGUACUCGCUGACGCCGCUGUCGGUGCUGCUCGCCAGCCGCGAGUCGGCGCUGUCUCUGGCCACGGGGCUGCCCUACACGUCGUUUGUGUUCCUGCACCGCUGGGUCGGCCACAUUGUGCUGCUGCAGUCGGUGCUGCACACGGCCGGCUGGAUCAUCGUCGAGGCCCGCCUGUAUCGCCCGCAGCCGACCGUAUGGCAAGCCUUUGUUGCGCAUGGAUACGUAGCCUGGGGGUUCGCGGCGCUGGCGCUGCUGGUGCUGCUGUGGGCGCUCGCGCUGGGCUGGACGGUGCGCCGCGUGACGGGCUACGAGGUGUUCCGCAAGGCGCACUACGUGCUUGCCAUGCUGUACAUUGGCGCGCUAGUGCCACAUUGGGUAAAGCUCAAGUGCUUCCUUGUGCCGGCGAUGGCAUUGUGGGCCGCGGACCGGCUCGUGCGACUCGUGCGGACGGCUGCGCUACACUGCGGGUGGCCCGAGUUCGCGAAAGGUUCCGGACCGAAGUGGUUGAACUUCGAGCCUGCGACGGCGUUGGCGGGCAUUUGGAGAGACGACCAACACGGUGAUAUUGUCAGGCUGAAAUUCCAUCUCCCGCAGAGCCAUGCGGCCCGUGGAAGGUGGAGGGUUGGCCAGCACUUCUUCCUAUGCUUCGCCGAGGGCCGUAUCUGGCAGAGCCAUCCAUUCACGCCUCUAUCACUCCCCAUGCUCGAAGAGUCGGGGCUGUGUCAUGAGUACGUCUUCCGUGCCAAGAAGGGCGAGACAGGCAGGAUAGCCAGGCUCGUGGCGGCGCAAGGAUCGUCUGGACCUGGCCCUGUCACUAUGCCUGUCAUCGUGCAGGGCCCAUACGGAAUAGGCAUCGCCGAUGGCCUCAGAAGCCAGCUUCACGUCAACGUCCUCUGCAUCGCUGGCGGCACAGGCAUAGCGUACGUGCUCCCCGUGCUGCUGGAUCUGGUGCGAGACGAGGGGCCUGGCUUGGCCGAGUCUCAUCGACACAUAUCACUCAUCUGGGCAAUAAAGCGAGCACGCGAUGUCGAGUGGGUUCCUUCCCAGUUGCAACAGCUGCAUGCUAGGGGAGUAAACAUUCGAUUGUUUGUGACCGACGAUGACGAGCCGUCCGUGCCGAGGCCUGCUCUGCUCGACGAAAAGGGGGCAGAAGUCAUGUCAACACAGGGUCACAAGGCUCCGCCAGUCGCGAGUGGGCCUGGCAUCGUGCAGAGGCCAGACUUGGAGUCCGAAGUCGACCAGUUCGUCAGCGGGACUGAAUUUGGACCAACCAAAGUCUUUGGCAGCGGGCCGCCGGGCAUGAUCUCAGACCUGCGGGCCGCCGUCGCAAAGGCUAACUCGGGGCCAAAGGUGUGGAAGGGCGAGGACCGGUUUGAUAUUAAGCUCACCUGCGACGACCGCUUGGAAUAA